AUGGCGUCAAGGCUUCUUGCAUUUCCUUCAAAGACUGCUUGUCGUUGCUUUGGUUAUAUGAUCUCCAAGAAGAAAUAUAUCUACACUAUUGACGAUGAUUGCUUUGUUGCAAAGGAUUCAAGUGGAAAAGAUAUCAACGCAUUGGAACAGCACAUAAAGAACCUUGUGUGCCCAUCAACUCCCUAUUUUUUCAACACACUGUACGAUCCAUUCAGAGAUGGAGCUGAUUUUGUGAGGGGAUACCCUUUUAGCCUUCGUGAGGGUGUCCCAACAUCAGUGUCCCAUGGCCUAUGGCUCAACAUCCCCGAUUAUGAUGCACCUACACAACUUGUCAAGCCUCUUGAGAGGAACACUAGGUAUGUUGACAUGGUGUUGACAAUCCCAAAGGAUACUCUCUUCCCAAUGUGUGGUAUGAAUCUUGCAUUUGAUCGUGACCUUAUUGGGCCUGCUAUGUACUUUGGACUCAUGGGAGAUGGCCAGCCCAUUGGACGUUACGAUGAUAUGUGGGCUGGUUGGUGUUGCAAGGUUUGCCCUUCUUUUAGUUGUUAA